AUGCCGUUUCGCAGAAAGCCCAACAUGCACAACAACAGCUCGUCAUUCAGUGACGUCAUUCCUUCGUCAUUCAACAACUACGUCAACAACAAUAAUAAUAACAACAACAAUAAUAAUAAUAAUAAUAAUAAUAAUGAUGAUGUUGGCACUGGUGGUGGAGACAUCCCGGAUUACGUCCCACCGAUGUGCGACUGCUACCAGAAUCCGGAAACAAAACCACAAACAGUAUCUUUGGUCACCACCAACAACAAAAAGACUAAAUCAUCCAAGACUGCCAAAGUGAAGAAAAUUAAGAAAGCUAAGAAUGACAAGAACAAAGGCAAAAAAAGAAAAAGAAAUAAUGAUGACGAAGGCGGUAAUGAUGACAGGCGCAAUCCCUUCAACAAAACCAUCAUCAACAACAACAACGACAACAACAACGACGAUAAAACCAUCGGCCAACAACAACAUCAACUUAACAGCUUUGGGAGAGUAUUUCAGAUAACGCUGACAAUAUCGGUUCACGAUUUGACCUUCCUAUUGGAUGACCUACUUAAGAAGGCCAAUCAGACGCUGGUGGGAGGAGUCAACAGGGUCAAGGCGGUGAUGCCGUUUUUUAAGCCCAAAAACUCCAAGGAACAUCUAUUUAGAAACUUGAACGCCAUUGGCUGCCAGGAAUUCGGCCAACAGGUGGACAGCUUGCUCCCACAUCUCUGUAGGUAUUUAGAAUCUUUGAGUACCUAUUUCCAGUUAGCGUCAGAAAAGGCAGACGAGACGUGCUCAUUGGACAGCAACGACAACCAAUCAGAGACGAGAGAUAUGGAAGAAAUGAUGAUGAUGACGGACGCUAUGACAGCCAUCUUGCAAAUAUUCUUUGUUUAUUUUUCUUGGCGCGAAUUGCACGCGUCAUCAAACGUCCAACUCCUCUCAUCCUCUCUCCAAUCACUGGCCUCUCGAAUAUGUCAGGAUGACGUCAUUUUGUCGCAAUCAACCCAAGCACUAUUGUUCCGGAACGCCUACAAGUACGUUGAAAAGUUUGAGGCAACCCUUCCCUCCCUAACAGCAGCUGUACAACUGGUCAAGCUGCUUAGCUGCCUGGCCCAAGCAAGCAAGGUGGCGUCCUUAAAUGAGGCCACUGAGGAAAACGUCGAAAAGCUGCUAAACUGGUCUGCCUGCGUUAAGAUAUUCCAUGCCCUUAUCAACUUAAUUAAGCACGGUCGAAUGUUUGUGGACUGCUUCUUACGUCAGUGCAUGCCAAUGCUGGAUCUACUACUUGCGCAGAACAAGGAUGACAUACAGAGCAUGUUUAAGACUCUCCAGCUCUCCACCAGGUCUCUGCACUAUCUCUGCAGCCACUCCAAGAUUGUGAAGGACAUCUCGCUGACCAAUCAGGUUCCUCCGUUGAAGCGCACCCUCGAAUGUUUCCUUCACAGGGUCAAGGCCAUGCUGAACGUCAACAAAUGUAUUGGCGCCUUUUGGCUCGGAAAUCUCAAGAAUCGAGAUUUGAAAGGCGAUGAGAUAUCCUCACAAAUUCUCAGAAAUGAUGAAGAUGAUGAAGCGGCCACAGGGGACGACGACGACGACGAUGAUGAAAAGAUUGCCGAUGCCGAUGAUGAUGACGAUGAUGAUGACGAUGAUGACGACGAUGGUGGUGGUUCUAAGAGGAAGAAACAAGUUAAUGACGGGAAGAAAACCACUAAUCCAGAUGGUGAUGACGACGACGAUGAUUAUAUGGAGUGUGAGGAUGAUAAUGACGACGACGAUGAUGAUGAUGAUGGUGGUGGUAAAGAGGAAAAGGAUGAUGAUGAUGGUCUCAAAGAAGGAGAUAGAGAAACAGAUAUCAACUUUUUCUUUGAUGUCUGGGGUUUUAUUUUUAAUCAUACUCUUUGA